GGGACGGGGCAGGGGCGACCAUGGCGGCGGCGGCGGGGGGCCAGGGCUGCUGCAGCGAGGACGGCGAUGUCCCCGCCGCCACCCGCCUGCAGGCCUACGCCUGGUGCCGCGAGUUUCUGUCCGGCUCCUGGAAGCUCAUCGGCCCGGACGAGUUCGGCAUCUGGCCCAUCGGAGGGGGGCUCAGUAACCUGCUGUACAAGUGUGCGCUGCCCGAGCACGUGCAGAGCGUGGGGGACGAGCCCCGGCAGGUGCUGCUGCGCGUCUACGGGGCCAUCCUGCAGGGCGUGGACUCGCUGGUGCUGGAGAGCGUCAUGUUCGCCAUCCUGGCCGAGCGCGCGCUGGGCCCGCGCCUCUUUGGGGUGUUCCCGCAGGGCCGCCUGGAGCAGUACCUGCCGAGCCGGCGGCUGCGCACCGAGGAGCUGCGGGACCCGCGCAUCUCGGCCGAGAUCGCCGUCACCAUGGCGCGCUUCCACGGCAUGGCCAUGCCCUUCAACAAGGAGCCCAAGUGGCUCUUUGGGACCAUGGAGGGGUACCUGCAGCAGAUCUCAGAGCUGACGUUCUCAGAGCCAGCACAGCUGCAGCAGCUGGAGCAGCUCCGGGGCUACAACCUGGAGCAGGAGAUGAGGAGCCUCAGGGACCUGCUGGAGGCCACCCCAUCCCCGGUGGUUUUCUGCCACAACGACGUGCAGGAGGCGAACAUCCUGCUCCUGGCGGGGCGCGAGGCCUCCUCAGAACGGCUCAUGCUCAUCGACUUCGAGUACAGCAGCUACAACUACCGGGGCUUUGACCUGGGCAAUCACUUCUGCGAGUGGGUUUACAGCUACAGCCACGAGAGCUGGCCCUGCUUCCAGGCACACCCCGAGCACUUCCCCAGCCGCCAGCAGCAGCUCCAUUUCAUCCGCCAUUACCUGUCUGAGUGCUCGGGGGUCCCUUUGGGGGUCCCUUUGGGGUCCCAGCCCCGUCAGGCGCGCCUGGAGGAGGAGAUGCUGCGGGAGAUCGAGCGCUUCACCCUGGCCUCACAUUUCUUCUGGGGGCUCUGGUCCGUGGUGCAGGCCAAGAUCUCCACCAUCCACUUCGGGUACCUGGAUUACGCCCAGAGCCGUUUCCAGGCCUAUUUCCAGCACAAGGCUCGCUGCUCCUGAGGGGAUCCCCCAAACCCGGCCCCCCCCGGGCUCUGGGGGGGCGUUGGGACGGUUGGGGGGGUUUGUAACGGUUUGGGGGGGCCCCGGCAGUUUGGGGGGCGCCGCCACAACGGUUCGGGGGGGCUGAGCCUCGGGACCCCCCGCACGCCGGGAUUCGGCAGCAGAGGUGGGUGGGACCCCCCCCCAAUAAGGGUGGGAUUUGGGGUGGGGGCUGCGGGCACCCCCAGAUCCGCACUCCUGGCCA